AUGCUCUCUGAGGAUGAUGAGUGGUCGCCGAUCAGCAGCAAGAAGUCAAGGCAGAUCUUGAAGAUGCACCUUCUCCCUCUGCUCUCCAGAGUUGCGGCCUUCCAAGACCAGAACCAGAUGACUCCGGAAAAUCUGGCUGUUUGCUUCGCCCCAAGCCUGCUAUGUGGUCCGGAUCCGAUCGAGGAUCUUAAGAUAUCAAUUAUCGUCCGCCGGAUCCUCGUGGCCAUGAUUGUUCACUGGGAAGGUGACCUUGCGCCUUUAUUUAGCACCAGCUUCGAUACGUUCGAGGACUCACUACGCAUGCCAGAGGCUGCCGAAGAUAGGGAAGAUCCUCUUGAGGAAGCUCGAAUGAAGGACUUAGACGAGACUCAAUCGGUUGGAAUCACCCUUCUAAAUAAUGAUGACAGCGACGAAGGGAUGGAGACCCAACCUGCCUUGCCGCCUCGGCCAAAGGCAGCAACAGUCACUGGUGGUAUACUUGAGGAGCCGAACGAUUUCGAUUAUGAUGCAACCAGCAGCACGAAAUCUGUGAGCUUAAGCCUGUCUAAUCGCAUCAGUCCCGUAAGAAGGAAGCCGUCACCUUUCGAUAAUGCUCCUCUCAACGGCAUGAGCCAUACCGACAAUGACACUUUCACUGAAACUAGCCCUUCUGAUCCUGGGCCAACAAACUCGACAAGCUCGGUACGUCGCAAGCCUGCGCCAGCUCUGCUCCCGCUUCCACGGUAUUCAUCCAUCAUCAGUGACCGCUCAGCAGUCUUGCAGGGGAUACAGUAUUCUAACACUGUGCCAAUCGAGGAUGAUGAUUUCGUGGAAGAGCAUGAAAUGAAUGACGCUGAUGACCUACCACUGUACGAGGCGCAAGUACCGCUCCAUAGUGAGCCGACUCGACCUCCUCCUUGUCCUCCACCCGAAUCUGAACCGACUCGACCUCCACCACCUCCUCCACCUGUAGCUGAGCCGUCUAUUCAACGGAAGCCCUUGCCUAAACCGGCACCAUGGGGGUAA